AUGGAACAAUACAUUAGAAACCUUGCGCAAAAACAGCUUAAUAACACAUUUGAAGUCGCAGGAGUACCCGAAAUAAAAGACAAAAAUACGGAAAUUAUCCUAAAUAUACUAGCGACGAAGUUAAAUAUUGUAAAAAAAGAAAUAACUACAGUUAAAAGAUUGAAAGGGAAAAAUAGAAAGGAGGGCGUGAUCCAGGUAUCUUUGAAACAGGAGGAACAAGUGGACCAGUGGAUAAAAGCAACAAGAAAAGUAACUACACUUGCAGAGGACAUCGUUUCCUGUCCAGAUCCUGCUAUAGCAAGAACAAAGAUAAUGAUACGACGUGCCCUAUCCAGUGCAAAUUAA